UUCUCUUCCUCAAGCGCCACAGCUGGGGGUGGCCUGGCCUGGAGGUCGGGAACCAUGGUAAGGGGCGGCCAUCGCUGAAGUCAGCGAAACCCAGCCUGGCCUGAAGCUGGCGACGCUGGAGGCCUAAACCAUGGCCAUUGCCACGUCGGCCCAGCUGGCCCGGGCAUUGUACGACAACACAGCCGAGUCCCCCCAGGAGCUGUCCUUCCGCCGAGGGGAUGUUCUCCGUGUACUGCAGAGGGAGGGCGCUGGUGGACUAGACGGCUGGUGCCUCUGCUCCCUGCAUGGCCAGCAGGGUAUUGUACCUGCCAACAGAGUGAAGCUCCUUCCGGCGGGCCCAGCACCCAAGCCUAGCCUCUCCCCAUCACCUGUCACCCAGCCUGGCUCACCAUGUCCCACCCCAGAGCCUGUCAGUGAAGAGCAGGAGGUAUAUGUGGUACCACCACCAGCUCGACCCUGUCCUGCCUCAGGACCUCCAGCUGGACCCUGCCUACCCUCUGCUGACUCCAUCUACAAGGUCCCCAGAGGCAGCGGGACCCAGCUGGCUGCUCCCAGGGAUGUGUUAGAGGUCUAUGAUGUGCCCCCCAACAUCAUCCGGGCUCCCUCCAGCUGCCCCUAUGACUCCCCAGCCUCCUUUUCCUGCUCUCUGGCUCCAGUUGUCCCACAGCCCCCAAGAGAGGGUGACGCUCCCUACGAUGUGCCUCUGGCCUUGAAGACACCUGCAGAGUUGGACCCAGAUCUGGAGUGGGAAGGGGGCCGGGAACCAGGGCCCCCACUCUAUGCUGCCCCUUCAAACCUGAAACGAGCAUCAGCUCUCCUCAACCUGUAUGAAGCACCCGAGGAACUACUGGCAAACGGGGAAAGUGGGGACACAGACGAAGGCAUCUAUGAUGUACCCCUGCUGGGGCCAGAGUCACCUUCUUCUCCAGAGCCCCCAGGAGCUUUGUCCUCUAGUGACCUGGACUCUGUGGCCCAGCUUCUGGCCAGAAGCCCUCCACCCCCACACAGGCCCCGGCUGCCCUCUACUGAAAGUCUGUCUCGCAGGCCUCUGCCUGCCCUGCCAGUCUCUGAGGCCCCCAGCCCUUCUCCAGCUCCCUCCCCUGCCCCAGGCCGCAAGGGCAGUAUCCAGGACAGGCCUCUGCCCCCUCCCCCGCCCCGCCUGCCUGGCUAUGGGGGCCUAAAAGUUGAGAAUGAUCCAGAGGGCCAAGAGGUGGAGGAUGACUCAGCAGGCCCACACAACGAGUAUGAAGGCAUCCCGAUGGCUGAGGAGUAUGACUACGUGCACCUGAAGGGUAUGGAUAAAGCUCAGGAAUCUGGACCCCUGGAUAAAGCCUCCCCAGGGAAUCCUGAACUGCUGGACAGGGGGCUACCAGAACAGCAGGAAGCCCUGUCCCCAGGGGAGCCUCUGGUUCUGUCCACUGGAGACCUACAGCGCCUGCAUUUCUACGCAGACCAAUGCCAGAGCCACUACUCCGCACUGCAGGCUGCUGUGGCAGCCUUGAUGUCCAGUACUCAGGCCAACCAGCCUCCGUGCCUCUUUGUGCCCCAUGGCAAGCGAGUGGUGGUGGCUGCUCACCGCCUGGUAUUUGUUGGGGACACCCUCGGCCGUCUGGCAGCCUCUGCGCCUCUCCGAGCACAGGUGGGGGCUGCAGGUACAGCACUGGGCCAGACUCUACGAGCUACUGUGCUUGCUGUCAAAGGGGCUGCCCUAGGCUACCCAUCUGGCUCUGCAGCCCAGGAGAUGGCACGAUGUGUGGCAGAGCUUGCAGGACAGGCCCUACGCUUUACCAACCUGCUCACUGGCCUGCUCCCCUGAGGGACUGUCGGCGCAGCCUUUUCGUCCCUCACCUGCCAGAGCCCUGCUCCACGUCAAGGGUGGCCAGAGGGUUCUGCUUGAUGGAAGGGAAGGAGUCUUCCCCCUAUCUGUCUGGUCAUCUCAGCCUCCCACAGAGGCAUCUCCUCCCUAAUAGCCACCACUUUUUGUAUGAGCCAUUUUGUAUAAAUUAUUUAUAUUUAGUAUUCCUUGCUUUGUCCAGUACAGGCAUCUUCUGGGGUAGGAAGGGAUUGGACUCUACUCUCCAGGGCUAGAGGUUGCUGCUGCCUCCUUCCCCCACAAGUUUGGCACACAGAGAAUCAGGUGGCAGAAACUUGGGGCCACAUAGAGCCUCUCCCGUUUCUUGGCUGAAGAACAGAACCUCACUCUGAGCAGAGAGUGAGGGCAGGACAUCAACAGUCCAAAAUGUGAUGGUCUAGGAGCCGCUGGGGGCACCUCCCCUCAAAAGGCAGGCGGGAUGGGCAUGGCAUGUACUGCAAUAAACCCUCCCAUCUGUU